CUAUUCAUCCAAAAUAUUAAAUGAAUUCAAACCAAGAAGGCUCCCAUUUUAACACAAAUGGUGUUCCAAUCAUGUCUUUUUCCAAUCAAGAAGCUCCAAUCUCCUACGACGAUCUAAUCUUAAGAUCAAUCGGGCCUAACAAGCCGGUGUUCGACCCCAUGGUUCCCUAUUUCUUUGCACCGGGCCUCGAAUGCAACCACAACACUCCUUCCUCUUCCAAUGCCGGUUUUCUUGCUCAGAAUAAUGGUGGGAAGAAGAGAAAGAGAGUGGAUGAGAAGUGUAAAGAAGUUGUUCAUGUUAGAGCAAAGAGAGGUCAAGCAACUGACAGCCAUAGUUUGGCUGAAAGGUCAAGAAGAGAGAAAAUAAAUGAGAAAUUCAGAUGCUUGCAAGAUCUGGUCCCAGGGUGCUACAAGAUGAUGGGAAUGGCUGUGAUGUUGGAUGAAAUAAUUAACUAUAUAAAUUCGUUGCACAAUCAGAUUGAUGUAAGAUACAUAGAGUGUGUAUAUAAAUUAAUUAAUUAUUCUAUUACGCAAUUAAUGUGGAUUUUUUUGUGUGUAUUUAGUUUCUCUCCAUGAAGCUUUCUGAAGCAAGUUUAUUGUAUGACUUCAACUAAUCAUCUCAAGCACAACAAGUGAACUCUCUCUCUCUCUCUCUCUCUCUCUCUCUCUCUCACACACACACACACACACACACACUGUCAUACACACACUGUCAUACACACACACACAAUCUCUAAAUAGGCUUUUAUCCAUUCUGAAUUAUUGAUUAAAUGCAUAGAAGUCAUAAGUUUCCUUAUUUAUUUCAUACAUUGAAAAGCUGACUAAAAAAUCUUUGCUAAAAAAAGUGAAAUGAAUGAAUAUACUAAU